UUAUUAGGACGUUGAAUUUAUUUGAAGUAGGCCUUGACAAUUUGUUGUUGAUUCUUUUUUCCAGCCAGUCAGCUGUCGUUAAAUUUUUGAUUCAGAAGACUGAAAAUUUUCGUACGUGUAACGCUUCUAACAACAAAUUGAACGUUCAACAAACAACGUUGUGUUCCUCUACCAUAUACAAUAUAAAUAUAUAUUUGUAUAAUUGUUGGUAAAACUCGUUGGACUUGGCUUAUAUUUUUUUUUCGUUAUAUCGUAGGGGACCAACAAUUGGCAAAGACGCGCAAUAAUUUACAACACGGAGGAGGACAGCCAAGAAAGAACGAACGUUACACCGCGAGCUCAAAUUUGCUUUUGAAUCGAACGGCAGCGCGAACAAGUGAGUCGAACUCGAGCAAAAGAGUCCAGCAAGUGAUUCGAACCCGUGAGAGAGAAUUCUCCGCCGUUCGUCGCUCUGUGACAUAGAGAGAAAGAGUGAGAGCAAAGCAACAAGCAGAACUAAAGAGAGCAAGCAAAGAAUAUGGGGGCCGGCGAUGCAGAUAAUGGCAAAAAGAUUUUCGUUCAGAAAUGCGCCCAAUGUCAUACCAUUGAAGCGGGUGGCAAGCAUAAAGUUGGACCCAAUCUAAGCGGAGUUGUGGGACGUAAAUGCGGCACUGCUCCGGGCUACAAAUAUACUGAUGCAAAUAUAAGUAGGGGCGUUACAUGGACAGAAUCAAAUUUGGAUGAAUAUCUGAAGGAUCCUAAGAAAUAUAUUCCAGGAACUAAAAUGGUUUUUGUUGGACUCAAGAAAGCCGAGGACCGCGCUGAUUUGAUUGCCUACCUCAAGCGGGGCAAAUAGAAAGACAUUCAUAAAAUGUUCAAAACACAAUUCUAGAAUUCAGUUCCUUUGGAUUUCAAUUUCAUAUAUUCGAGCUUUAACUAAAUUUAAAUAGCCAUUCCUCUAUCUUUAACUAGUUUAAAUCAAGGAUUCAAUAAAUAUCAUCUUCAAAAUUA